CUCUGACUUUCUGGUUCCUCCCCAUCCAUUCUCAUGGAUGCACUUGACCUCUCCACCAACAUGCGCGGUGUCGGUUGGAUCUGGUCCAAGAGCUUCCGUUUCCCUCCUGACAAACGCCCCACUUCACGCCCAUGGUUCAUAAUAUACGUCUUCCUCUCCACUUUGUUCCACAGUUUCAUUUGUGGUGUAAUUCAGCUUGCCGUACGAGCUUUUUCGCCUGACACUUUCACCGUCCUAAGUGGAGGCACUAUCUUUGACCCCACACUUCCCCCUCUGAUCCGAUACAUCCGAUCCAGUGUCCUUUCUAUCUUCGUUGGAUUCUCCAUCUAUGCACUCAUGCAAACGAUCUAUAACCUCGGCACAUUCUUCAGUGCAUCGCUGUGUUGCAGCAAGACCCUGCACAGUGGCCUCCUGUAUUCUAUGAACCAUGGAAUGUGGACUCGUUGCGCGAUUUUUGGGGCUAUAGAUGGCAUCAAUUAUUGA